CGUUCAAAAAUGGAAGAAGAAGCGAGAAAAUACCUUUUAGAACAAACCGUGGAAGUUACCGUACCUACCUAUGCAUCCUGGUUUGAUGUCAAUACAAUCCACAACAUUGAGCGUGUAUCUCUUCCAGAGUUCUUUACUGGAAGAAACAAAUCAAAGACACAAAAUAUUUAUCAGGAUUAUCGCGACUUUAUGGUGAAUACCUAUCGACUGAACCCAAAAGAAUACUUAGCUGUAACUGCAUACAGACGGCAUCUUGCUGGUGAUGUGUGUGCCAUUAUGCGAGUUCAUGCUUUCUUGGAACAAUGGGGUCUCAUCAACUACGAGUGUGAUCCUGCAACAUGGCCAUCAGCAGUAGGUCCCCCUUUCACAGGCCACUUUAGGGUUACGGCAGAUACACCACGAGGACUUCAACCUUUUAAGCCAAGCAUUAAACCCACCGCUACAGGAAAUGAGGAGAAAGAUGCCGCAGGAGAUUUGGGUAUGAAUGUGAAGCUGAGACAGGAGUUGUUUGAUUCCGUAACUGAGGAGCCAGAGAAACAGUAUUAUUGCAUUACUUGUGGUGCCGAGUGUGGGCGGGAGAGAUAUCACAGUUUAAAGACAAAAAAUAUGGAGCUGUGUCCUAUCUGUUACAAGGAAGGCCGCUUCCCGGCUACAGUAUUCAGUAGUGACUUUAUUAAGGCUGAACCAGCUGCAUUCAAACACCCUCACGAGGACGACUGGACUGACCAGGAAACGCUAUUGCUACUGGAGGCGAUCGAAUUGUUUGACGAUGAUUGGAAUGCAAUCGCAGAACAUGUCAGCACCCGUACCCGCGAGGAGUGUAUCAUGCACUUUUUACAAUUACCCAUCGAGGAACCCUACAGAUCUUCCCUCCCAACCUCUGUAGCCAUCGAACAUCAACGGACACCAUUCUCGCAAGCAGACAAUCCAGUCAUGUCUAUCUUGGCUUUCCUUGCUUCUGCUGUAGAUCCUGAAGUGGCUACCGCUGCAGCCAGUGCAGCUAUUGAGUGCCAGGAGCAACUCAACAAUAGGAAUAAACGCAAAACCCUUGACAACGACGGUGAUGUUGAAAUGGGCACAGAUCAAGACGGGCGUGGAGACACAACAGUAGAUAAGAAGAAGGCACGGACGUCAAUUGAAAAGGCUGCCGCUGUUGCUCUCGGAUCAGCAGCAGCCAAGGCCAAGUCGCUUGCCAGUAUCGAAGAGCGUGAGAUCCGACGACUUGUACAUGCGGUGGUUGACACAGAAGUCAAGAAGCUAGAGCUAAAGAUGAACCAUUUUGAUGAACUUGAGGCUGUCUUGGAAAGUGAAUUAGAGCAGAUCUCACAGCAGCGCCAGGACAUCUUUAUCCAGCGCCUUGCUGUCAAGAAAACAUCAGUACUCUUGCAGGACGAACUUGACAAGAAGGGUGGUGUGGUU